UCAAUUAUAUAGAUUCUAUAAUACUUUAUAUAUAUCCACAUCUCUAGACCAAUAUAUAUCCAUAAACUCACUACUUGUCUAAAAUUUCAAAAAUUAAAUAUUCCUUUUAUUUCCCUCUCUAUAGCUCUUAAUUUCUCUCCCUAACUAGAAAAACUAAUCAUCAUGGGUCUUAGAGAUUUGGGUGCUUCACUUCCCCCUGGCUUUCGGUUUUAUCCAAGUGAUGAAGAAUUAGUCCUUCAUUACCUUUACAAAAAGAUCACAAAUGAAGAUGUUCUUAAGGGUACCUUGGAGGAAAUUGACUUGCACACAUGCGAGCCUUGGCAACUUCCUGAGGUGGCUAAGCUGAACGCAACCGAAUGGUACUUUUUUAGCUUCCGUGACCGUAAAUAUGCCACAGGGUUUCGAACCAAUAGGGCAACGACAUCUGGCUAUUGGAAAGCAACGGGGAAGGAUCGAACGGUGUUUGAUCCAAUUACGCGUGAGGUUGUAGGGAUGAGGAAAACGUUGGUGUUCUAUAGGAAUAGAGCUCCAAAUGGUAUAAAAACAGGUUGGAUUAUGCAUGAGUUUCGGUUGGAGACCCCACAUAUGCCACCUAAGGAGGAUUGGGUUUUGUGUAGAGUAUUUUACAAAGGAAAAACAGACAACAGUGCCAAACUAAGCCCACAAGACAUGUAUGAGACUUUACCCCCAUCCCUAACUUUGGAUUCAUUAUCUCCAACCAACCAAAUCAUGCCAAUUGGGUAUAACCAACUUGCUUCUUUCUCCUCCUCAAUGACAACCCAUCAUUUUCAUAAUCCAAAUGUGAACCAAAAUAAUUCUUUGAUGAAUCUCCUUCAAUUUUCUAAGGAAACAAACACAAAUUGUAGUAGUGUUACUCAAAUUAGUCCCAAAUGUGAUGAUGGAUAUGGAUUCUUGUGGGACAUGGAUUUGGAUGGUGUGGCCUCAUCAAAUUUGGAUGGAAUGAGAUUCGAGGUUGAUAAUAAUAGCAUGGUCUUGUUAUAAAAAAGUGUGAUGUGUACAUAUUAUACAUACAUGGUUCUUAUCUCUCAAGUUACGGAAAUUUGUGGUUUUGUGAUGUAAUCAUAUGGUGUUUGGCUUCAAAGGGCAUGUCACGUGCUUGAUUGGGAUUACUUGUUCUAUAGAUGUAGCUUUUUCUUUUCUUUUCUUUUCUUUUCUUUUCAAGUUCUUAAUUAGUGUGAUUAGUUAGGCUUUCCAUUUGUUUAUUUUGGGUUGGGGAAUUGUACACAUGGAUUAGAUAUUGUAGAGGGAUUUAUUACCUAUUAUUCAUUAUAGUGAUGUACGAUUUGUUUUUUAGAAGUAAAAAGUUAUUACUAAAAGUACAAAAAUUAUUUCAACAAUUAA